AUGCUAUUUGAUGCUAUGGUCGGACAAGAUCAGGACCAUAAUCCAAAAGUGGUGGACCUUGCCAGUAUCCACGAAAUUCCGGGAAAUAUGCCUGCUCCAAAGGACGCAAAGAAGCAGACCGACCUGAGCGGUCAAAUGGGUGCCAAUGGCAACAUCCCGCCCCCUAAAACAGAUAAGCCUCGGCCCCACGUCUGCACCACCUGCGGUCGCUCGUUUGCGCGAUUGGAGCACCUCAAGCGCCAUGAGCGCUCCCACACAAAGGAGAAGCCAUUCGAGUGUCCGGACUGCGCGCGGUGCUUCGCUCGGCGCGAUCUGCUCCUGCGACACCAGCAGAAGCUACACAUGACCACCACGCCAUCUUCCCGACCGAGAAACGGUCGCCGUGAGAGUACGGGCGCCGCACCCGGUGCUAACCGCGUUCGCAAGAAUUCCAUUGCCAACAGUUCGUCUUCUUCGAUGCGCCCGAGGGCCAACACCAUCAGCCACGUUGAGGGGGCGGCAUUGGGUAUCCCCGGUGCCGGUAAUCCGUCAUCUGCGCCCACCCAAUCGACUCACGCAUAUCACCCCAGCCUUAGUUCUUCGGUCGGCUCAAGUAUGGACUAUAGGGGAUUCGGCUCUGGACACACUUCGAUGAACGGCCUCGCGAAGAUCGAAACUUCCGGACUUCCUAUGGACAUGUCCGGAGGACUUCGGACUGCUCCCGUGUAUGGGAGCUUUGACACGGGUAUCGAUGGCAUGCUGAUGGGCCACGGUAGCACCAUCAACCCAGCGCAAUUACACUUUGCAGGAUCCCCACAAGGCUUCAACGAUUCGCCCUCGUCUCCGUUCGGUCACUAUCACAAUGGACUUCCAACCACUGCGGAUCCCAUGAUGGAUGAAGAUAUGCACUUUGACUGGAUGAACGGGUUUGACACAGGCAUGGUUAUGGGAAAUGGCAACGACUCAGUCAUUGACGAGUCAUCGCCAUCCGCAAUGAGCACGGGUAGCCAGAGCGGAAUCAGCGAGGCCAUGUUGGAUGGUCCGAAUCGCAUUCCUAUCUCUAACGGUUGGCACAACGCGUUCACUGCACACCACCCGGCCAACCAAUUUGCCCUCGACUUUUCCCCAACGACGUUGAACGAUCUGGGGUUCCCCCGGAGACAGUGUCUCCCAAGUCUCUAA